AACGAUUACUUGAAAAGACCAGAGCCCCACCUGGCCGUAGCUACGCCUGACCGACUUGGCAUAGUACAAGUUUUUUUAUUACUUCUUAUUAUUUUGAAAGACUUUAAAAUCAAAAUGUUUAAUAAUUAACACCUUAAAUCUUUAAUGGUUUCAUUUAUUUUUUCCCCAAUGCUGAAUGAUGAAAGAAAAAAAACUUCGCUGUGCUUCACUUUCUCUGCCGGUUCUGUGCUGCGCUGCGGUUGAGCGGUUCUGCGUCUCACCGAUCUCAGAAUCUCACUUUGUCUUCUUCACUUCCGCCGCAGCCGCCGCUCUACGCUCGUCUGUGAUCCCGACUAGCAGUCAAGCACUCAAGCAGAGGCCAGACUCCGGAGAGGCAAAGAAGGGAGCAAACUUCCGUCAGUUUCGCGAGACCGUGACUCCAUCUUCUAGUAUUCUAUCUUCAUAUUUUUUGAGUUUCGAUCUCAUCAUUCCAGUGCUGCUACAGCCGGCACGCAGCCGGGGGCUUAUAUUAUUCCAGGGGCAUCCCGACGGAAGCUGGAAGGGGCACUGUGAGAAGUUAGACUUGGCUAUGCCAGGGGUGGCAACAAUGGAUUCCGAGUUACCAGUAGAACCACAGUCACUAAAGAAGCUCAGCUUCAAAUCUCAAAAGCAUGCCCUAGAUUUCUUCUCUCCCCUACAUGGCCAUAUCCCCCCUCCCGAUCCGGAAAGCAAGAGGAUUCGAACAAGUCAUAAGCUAAAUAUCGAAUAUGGAGCUAUAACAACUCAAUCUCAUUCAAAUUCAAAGGCGGGCUCUGAAAGUCAAGGUCAAAAGCCUUCUGCUCCUUCAAAUGCUCUCGCUCUUCCAGGUCCAGAGAAUGCAAGAGACCCACACAAGGGAGUUUCAGAAAAUGUAUUAGCUGUUGGUCCAACUUUGCAACCAAAGAGCACAAUGGAUGGCUUCUCCAGCAAAAGUAGUACUGCAGCUGUUCUUUCAAACCCUUCUUCUGAAAGGAAUCUCACAACUGCUGCUAUAAUGGAAAGGAUACCAAGUAAAUGGCCACGCCCUGUGUGGCAUCCUCCAUGGAAGAACUACAGGGUCAUCAGCGGGCAUUUGGGAUGGGUGCGGUCUGUUGCUGUGGAUCCCAGCAAUACAUGGUUUUGUACGGGGUCAGCAGAUCGAACUAUCAAGAUAUGGGAUUUAGCAAGUGGAACGCUAAAGCUUACUCUCACUGGUCAUAUUGAACAAAUAAGAGGUCUUGCUGUUAGCAGUAAGCACACCUACAUGUUCUCUGCUGGUGAUGACAAACAAGUUAAAUGCUGGGAUCUAGAACAAAAUAAGGUGAUCAGGUCUUAUCAUGGUCAUUUAAGUGGUGUCUAUUGCUUAGCCCUUCAUCCCGUCCUUGAUAUCCUUUUUACUGGGGGUCGUGAUUCGGUUUGUCGGGUCUGGGACAUUAGGAGCAAGAUGCAGAUACAUGCUUUGUCAGGGCAUGAUGAGACCGUGUGCUCUGUUCUAUCUCGGCCUUUGGAUCCUCAAGUCAUUACCGGCUCACACGAUUCAACUAUAAAAUUCUGGGACCUCAGAAAUGGUAAGACUAUGUCAACACUCACACAUCACAAGAAAUCCGUCAGGGCAAUGUCAUUGCAUCCAACCGAGGAUGCUUUUGCGUCUGCCUCUGCUGACAACAUAAAAAAAUUCAACCUCCCAAAAGGAGAAUUUUUGCACAACAUGCUUUCUCAGCAGAAAACAAUCAUCAAUGCAAUGGCUGUCAAUAAUGAUGGUGUGAUGGUUACAGGAGGUGAUAAUGGGAGCUUGUGGUACUGGGACUGGAGAAGUGGCCAUAAUUUCCAGCAAGCACAAACAAUUGUUCAACCUGGAUCACUGGAGAGUGAGGCUGGUAUCUACUCAAUGACCUAUGAUGUGUCUGGUUCGAGGCUGAUCACUUGCGAGGCUGACAAGACCAUAAAGAUGUGGAAAGAGGACGAGAAUGCCACCCCAGAAACUCACCCUCUCCAUUUUAAGCCCCCAAGAGAUAUCCGUCGCUUCUGAAUAUGGUGUUCUUUUUGUCAGGGAAUUUGUACUGCCAUUUCACUUUUUUUUCCUCCUUUGUAGCUGCUUUGGUGAUAACAAUGUAGUACUAUUGAGACAAGCACACUCCAAGAAAAGAUCUUUUGUGCCUCUUAUGAGCAUCUGUAAGAAAUGCAAUUCUCUUGACUUGGAUAAUAUUUUAAUUAGCAAUCUAGCAUACAACGAUGGUUUAAAAUUCACAUUCGCUUGAUCCAGCUAUCCUCGUAGAGAAAAAUUUGUAAUGUACACGACCGAAGUGCAACUUUCUGGUCUGUCUUGGUGCUUUCCGUGAGAGAUGAAACAAUGUGGAAAGUAUCCUCUCAGGGAUAUGUUGGAUACUUUC